CUUCCGUGUUGAAGAAAACUACAACACCCAGCAUGCAGCAGGACGUAACGACGUAAACUCUCUCCUCCCAGUCCCCGGUUUUUCUUUUCACCACGCGCGGAUACAACAUGGCUGAGUUUGUGGAUCUGAACAUUCCCCACUUAUCGGAAAGGGAGUCGCUGCAGAAGUUGGUGGAAACUGCAGCGCACCUUGGUUAUUCAACUGUAGCAAUCAAUUAUGUUGUUGACUAUGAAGAAGGAAAAAAGGAAAUUGUCAAGCCAGUAUCUCCUAUGGAACUGUUUUCGUCCUUGCCUAUUGUACAGGGGAAAUCCAAACCAAUUAAGAUUUUGUCAAGGCUAACGCUUGUUGUUUCUGAUCCAUCACACUGCAAUAUUCUAAGAGCCACGUCUACAAACAUAAAAUUUUAUGACAUCUUUGCUGUAUUUCCUAAGAAUGGGAAACUCUUUCACGUGGCCUGCACAACCUUAGAUAUAGACCUCGUGUGCAUCCAUGUAACAGAAAAGCUGCCUUUCUACAUCAAGAGACCCUCUGUGAAUGUGGCAAUAGAGCGAGGCAUCUACUUUGAACUUAUUUAUGCACCUGCCAUCAAAGACUCGACAAUGAGAAGAUACACAAUUUCAAAUGCGCUCAGCCUGAUGCAAAUCUGCCGGGGAAAGAAUAUAAUUCUAUCCAGUGCAGCAGAAAAGUCUUUACAAUUACGAGGUCCUUAUGAUGUGGCUAACCUCGGGUGGCUGUUUGGUCUGUCUGAAAGUAAUGCCAAGGCUGCUGUUUCGACCAACAGCAGAGCAGUCCUGCUACAUGGAGAAGUGAGGAAGACUGCCUCUGGAGUAGUGUAUACAAAGAAGAAGUCCCGAACCCCAGAAGAAGAUGACUCUACUACUCCAGUCAGUAAAAAAGCCAAGACAGCAUUGUGAAGAUCAUGCAUCUCUGGUGUCUAGUUUGGUCCUGAGGCCCUACUACUACGACGACGACGACGACGUAAUGGUGACAUGCCUGUGUUCUAUAACAUAGUUUGCCACCAAAGAGAGAGAAAGUGGGGGAGAUGCUCAUUUUCUGUUUGGGCACGAAGACCAGAAGUAACUCUGACCAGGAAAAAGAAACAGCUUGGAGAUGGAGUUUAACCUGUCCUCCUGCUUCUGCGCAUCAAAUUGUCCCCUCUUGCUUUAACACCUGUCCAGCAUGCCUUGCAUUCUAGCGCAUGGGCUAUGCUGCUGUCAUGUCCACUUAGAGCCUGAUGAUGAUCUAGAAAGGGCUUGGUGUUUGUGGUCAUGCUGUGUCCUGAAGGCCUAGUGACUUGUAGCUAUUUAUAGGAGAUGUUUGUCUGUAGCUCUGAAACCACCAGACUAUGAACAGGAAAGCUAAUGUUAGCAGGAGUGCUUCAGCUAAGUGGCUUCAGGGUUGCUGGUACAGCAUCAAAGUGUUUCCGAUUUAUCUUGCAAUUGAUAUGCAGUGUCUGAAACUAUUCCAUGGAUUUGGCUGAGCCAACAUGGCUUUGCUUUUCAAAUAAACAAAACAUCCUUAGAAGAUAUUCA